AGGUGUGGGAACAUUCCUGGUUACUGCGGUUGGUGUCAAUUCGACCUACGGAAAGACAAUGAUGUCGCUUCAAGACGAGGGCCAAACGACUCCACUGCAGUCCAAGUUGAAUGUACUCGCCGAGUACAUUGCGAAGCUUGGUCUCGCCUCUGGUUUGCUCCUAUUCGUUGUUCUGUUCAUCAAAUUCCUCGCACAGUUGAAAGACAUGGGAGGUGCCUCCGAAAAGGGUCAGGCUUUCCUGCAGAUCUUCAUUGUUGCUGUGACUGUGAUUGUUGUUGCUGUUCCGGAAGGUUUGCCGCUCGCGGUCACUCUUGCGCUGGCCUUCGCUACGACUCGAAUGCUCAAGGAUAACAAUCUCGUACGAUUGCUGAGAGCAUGUGAAACCAUGGGGAACGCGACCACUAUCUGCUCCGAUAAGACCGGUACCUUGACAGAAAAUAAGAUGACUGCUGUCGCUGCCACUCUGGGUAAGAAUCUCCGCUUUGGAGACAAAUCCUCAGGACCGGCCCUCCGUGCGGACGAUGACCGAGGCCGGGACCCGGUAACCACCGUCUCUCCCUCAGAAUUCUCUUCCAGCCUUUCCGGCCCAGCCAAGGACCUGCUGAUCAAAUCAAUUGCGAUCAACUCGACCGCAUUCGAAGGAGAGCAGGAUGGUACCGCAACCUUCGUCGGCUCUAAGACUGAGACAGCACUCUUGGGAUUCGCUCGGACGUACCUAGGAAUGGGCUCAGUUAGCGAAGCACGUGACAACGCGACUCUUGUGCAAAUGGUGCCUUUCGAUUCUGGACGUAAGUGCAUGGCCGUGGUCAUCAAGAUGGAUAAUGGGAAGUAUCGGAUGUUGGUCAAGGGUGCAUCGGAAAUUCUGGUGGCUCGUGCGACCAAAAUUGUCAGUGAUGCGAGGAAAGAUCUUACCGAAGUGUCCAUGUCAGAUGAGGACCGGUCUGUUAUGGACAAACUCAUUGAUCACUACGCCUCUCAUUCAUUGCGGACUAUUGGGUUGGUUUAUCGUGAUUUCGACCAGUGGCCUCCGCGGGGUGCAGCCACCCAGGAAGAAGAUCGCUCACUCGCUGUCUUUGAUUCAGUCUUCAAGGAUAUGGUCAUAUUAGGUGUCUUCGGUAUCCAGGACCCGUUGCGCCCAGGUGUAACAGAAUCGGUGCACCAAUGCCAACGCGCGGGCGUUUUCGUGCGGAUGGUGACUGGUGACAACAUCACAACUGCGAAGGCUAUCGCUCAGGAGUGCGGUAUCUUCACGCCAGGAGGAAUCGCCAUCGAGGGGCCUAAAUUUCGCCAAUUGAGCAGUCGACAGAUGACCCAGAUCAUUCCUCGCUUGCAAGUCCUAGCCCGGUCGAGUCCUGAUGACAAGAAGAUCUUGGUGGCUCAGCUUAAAAAGCUUGGUGAAACUGUUGCUGUGACCGGUGAUGGUACCAAUGAUGCACAGGCUCUUAAGACCGCCGAUGUUGGUUUCUCCAUGGGAAUUUCCGGCACUGAGGUUGCGAAGGAAGCUUCCGAUAUCAUUCUGAUGGACGACAAUUUCACAUCCAUCAUCAAGGCUAUGGCUUGGGGUAGGACUGUCAACGAUGCUGUCAAAAAGUUCUUGCAGUUUCAACUUACUGUUAACGUGACAGCGGUCCUCCUUACCUUCAUCUCUGCUGUCGCAAGCGGUGACGAAGAGUCGGUCUUGACCGCGGUGCAGCUUCUCUGGGUCAAUCUUAUUAUGGACACUUUCGCUGCUCUCGCUCUGGCAACGGAUCCGCCGUCUCCUCAUGUACUCGACCGCAGACCCGAGCCAAAGUCCGCGCCUCUCAUCACUCCAACCAUGUGGAAGAUGAUCAUUGGACAGAGUAUCUAUCAAUUGGUCGUCACCCUUGUCUUGAACUUCUCCGGGAAUUCGAUCUUCCAUUACCAUUCAGAGAAGGACACUUCGCACAUGCAAACGGUCGUAUUCAACACGUUUGUCUGGAUGCAGAUCUUCAACCAGUGGAACUCUCGUCGACUCGAUAACAAUCUUAAUAUCUUUGAAGGGAUGUUGAAAAACGCGUGGUUCAUUGGAAUUCAGUUGAUUAUCAUCGGAGGACAGAUUCUCAUUAUCUUCGUUGGUGGUCAAGCAUUCUCGGUUGUGCGGCUCAAUGGGCCUCAAUGGGGCGUGUCUCUGGUCUUGGGAGUCAUCUCCCUUCCAGUAGGUGUGAUCAUCCGCUUGAUACCAGAUGCUCUCAUUGCCAGGCUUAUCCCUACCUUUUGGCACCGCAAGAAGGGACCUGAGCUUUGGGUCUCUGACGAGGACCGCCGCUUUGAGUGGAAUCCUGCUCUAGAGGAGAUCCGGGACCAGUUGAAGUUCCUUAAGACUGUUCGCGGAGGCCGUCUCCGGCACUUGAAGCACAAGCUGCAACACCCCGAAGAACUUCUCCCCAGAUCACGAAGCGGAUCACGGUCUUCCAGAUCUCGGGAGAACUCGAUCCCUGGAACACCUGUGGAGAACAAUAGUGAUAGCACUCCGCCCAUGCCAGCGACUCCGGAAUCACGAUCCAGACGACGCACACGGUCUCGCUCCAAUUCAGCAUUCGGGCCGGCGGCUGCUAUGGCUGGUGUUGUGGCAGGUAGUAUUGCAGGCUGGUCUCCAAUCGAACGAACGCAGGGAGAUGGCGAGCCUUUCAGGAUUCAGGCCGACAGCCCUCACGGAGGCUUAGAUAAGCAGCAGGGCAUCGAGAUUCAUCCGGACACUGCUGCGGAUGACCAAAUCGUGGGAAACUUCAAGGGCGCCUCAAAGACACCUCCGAGCCAGAACCCUGAUCUUUUACCCCAUUUUGAUCAUGUGCCGCCUGAGCGUGCGCCAUCCAGCCGCAGCCGACGAUCUACGUCGCGUCAGUCUCAGUCCAGUCAAAGCCAUGUCUGAGCGUCCCACGCUAUAUCACCUGUGCAAUACUAGAUUCUGCUGUCCUAUUUCGCUGCAAUGAUUCCACGCUCGGUUUACUCUCGUCUGUGUAUACUUAUCUCCUCCUCAAACCCUAUUUCCGUUCGAAAUUCGUUGUCUUGCCCACGCCGAACUUUGCUGCGCCAGUCUUGGAACUUAUUUUGCGUAAUUUUGCAGAGGUUCCUCUAGCCUUGCUUUACCUGUUUGUGUCAUAGCAUCGUUGUCUUCACAAUACCAAUCAUAUCCCAGGGAAAGGUGUCUCGGUCUCGGCGUACGUGGCUUUCAUAGGGGGAUUGGCUGUUUUUACUUUUUUUUUUUUCACUUCGCUUGUUUGUUUGUUAGACACUCCUUCCUCUCGCAUUAGGAUGGGCGGCGACCUGAGCGACAAAAAGGGCAAGAUUUAUUUCAAUUGGGUCUGUGUU